AUUAUACAAUGGCUAACUCUCAUUCAAUGAAAAUAUUAGGUUCCCAUUUUCUUAUAAGAAUUACAUCCCCUUCUCAUUAUUCAAAUUCAUGGCAAAAAGUGCCAUUGGAUUAAAGCUAUCAUUGUUUUUGUUACCAACAGCUGCAUAUGGCUAAAGUUAUUUUCUUUCCAAGAGAAUGAUGCAUAUCAUUUCUCAAUCCUUCAACUCUUCAUCACUUCACCAUUGUACACUAAAACUUUUCUCCAAAACCAUUUCUUCUUCCUCUAAAUUACCCCAUUACAAAACCAAAUCCCCAUUCAAAUGGAGGACAAAUCAUGUUUUUGUACAAACCAAUCCACUACUUUCUCUUUUAGAGACCAAAUGCAAAUACAUGAACCAACUCAAACAAAUCCACUCACAAAUGAUUCUCACUGGCAUAUUCUCAAAUGGGUUUGCUUCAAGUCGUUUAAUAGCCUUUUGUGCACUCUCAGAAAAGGGUAAUCUUGAUUAUUGUAAAAAAAUAUUGUAUAAUAUGGAAAACCCAAAUACAUUUUCUUGGAAUAUGGCUAUAAGGGGUUGUUGUGAAAGUGAAACCCCAAUUGAUGCAUUCUUUUUGUAUAAACAAAUGCUUAUGACAGUAGAGAAUGAAUUUAGUUGUUUGAAGCCUGAUAAUCAUACUUUCCCUUUGUUAUUUAAGAUAUGUUCUAGAUUGGGUUUGUAUUAUAUGGGUCAAGAGAUUCUUGUACAUGUUUUGAGGAUUGGUUAUGAUGGAGAUGUGUUUGUGCAUAAUGCACUGAUUCAUUUUUUGGUUUCUUGUGGUUUCUUGGAGGAUGCAUAUAAGGUGUUUGAUGAUAGUUCUGUGAGGGACCUAGUUUCUUGGAAUUCAAUGAUUAAUGGUUAUGUUAGGAGUGGGAGAUCGAGGGAAGCGUUGAUGGUAUUUGAGAAGAUGAAAAUGGAGUCUGUGGAGCCUGAUGAAGUUACUAUCAUUGGGAUGGUAGGGGCAUGUGCUCAGCUUGAGGAUUUGGAGCUUGGGAGGAAGUUACAUAGAUACUUUAGGGACAAGUGUUUAUAUUUUAGCGUACCACUUUGCAAUGCAUUCAUGGACAUGUAUAUGAAGAAUGGGAGUCUAAAUGAAGCAAAAGCUUUGUUUGAUAGUAUGGAUGAGAGAACUGUGGUAAGUUGGACUGUAAUGAUUAGCGGGUUUGCUAAAUUUGGGUGUUUGGAUGAAGCAAGGAGGCUUUUCAAUGAGAUGCAGGAGAAAAAUAUUGUACAAUGGAAUGCCUUGAUUGGAGGUUAUGUCCAAGCUAAGCAUGGUAAAGAGGCAUUGGUUUUGUUUCAGGAAAUGCAAACGAUGAACAUAAAACCCGAUGAAGUGACAAUGGUUAGUUGUCUAUCCGCUUGUGCACAACUUGGAGCACUUGAUAUUGGGAUUUGGAUUCACCACUACAUCAAAAAACAUAAGCUUUGUUCAACUGUUUCUCUGGGAACAGCACUUGUUGAUAUGUAUGCCAAAUGCGGCAACAUUGAAAAAAUGCUUCAGGUUUUUCACGCGAUGCCCAUCAGAAACUCAUUGACUUGGACAGCUGCAAUUGGCGCCUUAGCGCAUCAUGGAAAUGGGCAUGAUGCUCUAUCAUAUUUUUUAAAGAUGGUUGACAGUGGUCUGAGACCAGAUGAUGUCACAUUUCUUGGGGUCUUGUCAGCUUGUUGUCAUGGAGGUUUGGUUGAAGAAGGGAGAAAGUUUUUUACUCAAAUGACCACAAAGUUCAACAUUCUGCCUAAAUCUAAACAUUACGCUUGCAUGGUGGACCUUUUGGGCAGGGCAGGGCUUCUGGAAGAAGCUUAUGAGCUUGUCCGUGGAGUGCCAAAUGAGGCUGAUGCUUCGGUAUGGGGAGCAUUGUUUUUCGCUUGUCGAGUUCACAGGAACAUUGAGAUGGGGGAAAAGGCAGCUCUGAAACUUCUUGAAUUGGAUCCUGGUGAUAGUGGAACUUAUGUCUUACUUGCUAACAUGUAUGUUGAAGCAAAUAUGCAACAUAAGGCACGAGAUGUGAGGAAGAUGAUGGGUGAAAGAGGAUUACAAAAAACACCUGGUUGCAGCUCUGUUGAAGUAAAUGGAAAUAUUUUUGAGUUUUUUGUUACAGACAAGACACAUCCUCAGUCCGAUCAGAUUUAUGAAUGUUUGAUUCAGUUAACAGGACACAUUGAAAUAGCUGAAUAUCUGCCAUAUAUCAGAUACGACCUGUUAUUUAAUUCUGAUGUUUACAGUGCAAUGUAAGAAAAUCUGAUUCGUCAGUCACCAAACCUACGUAGACAACAGAAGGGCUUGGUCCUGCUAAAGAUGUUCAAAUGAUUAGGAGGGCAGGAGUUGAGUUGCAACCUAAAGGCCACGGUAACGACUUAACCCGCUCCUCUGUUCUACUGAGGCACUGUGAA